AUCUGCGGGGACUUCCUACCUGGUAUUAGUACAUAGUAGGUGACGAGCUAAUCUAACAUAUUAUUGUUUAUUACAGUAAGGUAUUGUUGGGAGGGUUCCAAAGGUUCUCAACCAGCAGAGGUCUCAGUCCCGCCAAGCCCCUCGGCCCAAGGGCGCUAAAGAUCCCACCAAGCCAGUAUUCCAGACUCCCAAAACUUAGGCGUAUCAAAUUCUUCCUCAUCUCUUGACUUUCAUCAGCGACAACCCCUCAGCCAACCUCCCCUAUCUCCCUCAACCCAUCUAUAAGCCUGUUGGACAACGUUCUUACAAUGUCUGAGCCUAUUAGAAAUAAGAAAGCAGAUUUUCCGGUCGCCCCGACGCCUCAGAACACCCCAGCUAAUAAUGCCCCUAUUUCCUCCCAUGCCCAGCAGCCCGGAGUCUCUAGUAUCAAAGAAGAAUCCCUUGAUCAUGCCACAGCUGCUUCUUUAUUCGCGAGAAACCCUGGACUUGUCUCCAUGAUUCAAGGGAAAUUGGGAUCACUUGUCGGUCGCUCUUCCGGAUAUAUCGAGUCUCUGCCCGCACCUGUCCGCCGACGUGUCGCUGGACUGAAAGGUAUCCAGAAGGAACAUGCCAAGCUGGAAGCUCAAUUCCAAGAAGAGGUGCUGGAGCUCGAAAAGAAGUACUUCGCAAAAUUUACUCCUCUGUAUCAAAGGCGUGCCACGAUCGUCAAUGGGGCUGCGGAACCGACCGACGGUGAAGUUGAUGCGGGCAAAGACGAGGAAGAAGAUGUGGAUGUUAAGAGCGAAGAUGAAUCUAAGAAGUCCGAGGACAAGGUGUCAUCAACAGCUGGAAUACCCGAGUUCUGGCUUUCUGCUAUGAAAAAUCAAAUCUCUCUGGCGGAGAUGGUGACUGAACGAGACGAAGAGGCUCUCAGACAUCUCACCGAUAUCCGAAUGGAGUACCUUGAUCGUCCGGGAUUUCGCUUGAUUUUUGAAUUCUCUGAGAAUUCAUUCUUUACAAACAAGACUAUCUCGAAAACGUACUAUUACAAGGAAGAGAACGGGUACGGCGGUGAUUUCAUAUAUGAUCAUGCCGAGGGUACCAAGAUCGAUUGGAAAGACGACAAGGACCUCACUGUUCGUGUCGAAAGUAAAAAGCAAAGGAACAAGAACACAAAGCAAACUCGCGUUGUCAAGAUAACCGUGCCCACGGAGUCUUUCUUUAAUUUCUUUUCUCCCCCACAGCCUCCAACGGACGACGAUGAUACUGUCGCUACUGACAUUGAAGAGCGGCUUGAGCUUGACUACCAGCUUGGAGAGGAUAUCAAGGAGAAGCUCAUUCCCCGCGCAAUCGAUUGGUUUACUGGGGAGGCUCUUCAGUUCGAAGAACUGGGCGAUGAUAUGGAUCCGGAUGAAUUUGACGACGAGGACGAGGACGAGGACGAGGAUGAAGAUGAUGACGACGACGACGACAGGAAGUCUGAUGGGGACGUUGAUGACGACUCUGAUGAAGAGGACGGUACUUCGAAGCCCAAAAAGGAGGCCGCAGAAUGCAAACAAAGCUGAACAGUCAGCUAAUCGUUGAAAGCGCAAAUUCGAAUGGUGCUAUAAUCAUAUCUCCACUUGACUUCUGGUGCCUGCUUUUCUUCUUUUGUUUCUCUCAGAUUGUUUCUUCUAAUCAUGCGUGGCUCCUGAUCCAUUCAAUAGCGGUCCACUGUAUAUAUGGUCAAAGUAUAAUGUUCACCAUCAGGUUGGUGGGCAUGUAGUGGAUGGUAAAGUUCGUUGGAUGGAACCGUCAAGGCAGUCUCGGUCCUUAAUCGUUUUUCUUCGUCACCCUCCAAACUCCUUCUCCCAUGGCCUUUUCCUCUUCCUACUUUUUCUUUAAUACUUUUUUCCGUCUUACCAUAUAAAAUGCUGGCGGCGCGAGGAGUUCGCUUCCGUUCAAUUAUCUACAGUUGUCCUAAAACGAUCUGCCCAUGCUCUUGAAAAUAUGAAUGAUGGUACAUGGUAAAAGAGAAUAUUAAUCAUAAGCGUUUAUCGUUAGUUUACCUAGUAGUUAAUCUUUAUAAAACGUCGAAGCUUCUUGCUAUAAACCGAUGAAUGUGAUUCACCGCUUAUUCAAAAUUGGCUGGUUUUCUCCACGUAGCUAAACUCCACUCAUGGGGCCCUAGGUCAGCUAUCAACUCACCUCGCGAGGUCAUCAUCCUGUUGAGGGUUUACGGAGUAAGCGAAUGAUGAGAAGGCGAAUCUGAAGUCCGG